AUGUCUAAGAGCCGGGUUCCAUUGUUUCUGGGUCUUGCCGCGGCGGGUGCAGGCGGUUACUACCUGUACUCUGCUGGCGGCAAUCCCUCAGCAGCAAAGCACCAAAUGAGAAUCGACGCUGAAAAGGCACGCGAGAAGCUCCCAGGUACAAACAACGCCGAGAAGCUUGGCACGGACGUCGGCAAGGAAGCCGGUUCCAAUAUCGAUGAUGUUAUCGCCAGAGCCCGUGCCGAGGGCAAACGCAUUCCCGAGUUCGCUGAGGAAGGCAAGGAUAAACUGGACGAGCUUCGUAAGGAAGCCAAAAACAAGUUUAACGCCAAUCGGGAUAAAAUCAACAGCAGUGUUGACCAGAUCGAUCGCGAGCUCGAGCAAAAAGCUGCUGAAGCCAAAGGGGCUGUCUCUGGCUGGUUGGGUGGCAAGAAAUAA